UCUGACAGGCAGUGGGGUGUGUGUGUGUGUCUGUGUAAAUGUGUGUAUGUGUGCCUACCUCGACCCACAGCCCAGAGCCUGAAUAACAGUAGGAGGAAAAUGGACGGAGUGGGUUCAUUUGGCGCUGGGAGAGCCGGGGCUGCGUUCGACCCUUUUGCCUUCAUCCAACAGCCGCAGACCAUCCUCAGAAUAUUGUCAUGGAUCUUCUCAAUGGUGGUGUUUGGAUCUAUAAUAAAUGAAGGCUACGUCAACCACGGCAGUGAGAGGCUCUACUGCGUUUUCAACAAGAACAACAAUGCCUGCAACUACGGCACCACCAUUGGCCUCAUAGCAUUUCUAGCCUGCAUUUUCUUCAUUAUCCUCGACAUCAAGUUCCAGCAAAUCAGCAGCAUUAAAGACCGGAAGAAGGCAGUGAUGCUGGACAUUGGAUUUUCAGGUUUCUGGUCAUUUUUGUGGUUUGUUGGUUUCUGCUUCCUGGCCAACCAGUGGCAACGCACCACCACAGAUGAGCUGCCCUUAAAUCAGGGAGCAGAUGCUGCCAGAGCUGCCAUAACCUUCUCCUUCUUCUCCAUCUUCACCUGGGCUGGUUUGACUGUAAGAGCGGUUCAGAAGUACAUGCUAGGGACCGACAUGACCCUCUUUACCACCGAGCACAUUGACGGCAACCCACCCAUCCAGCCGUAUCCCACCGGCCCAGACACCAUACCCAACGACACAUACAAGAGCGCACCGUUUACCGAAAACCUGGACACCACCGCGCCAACCUACCAGGUGCCAAUCUACUGAAGCCAGAGUGCCUCGUGUGAUGCAACUGGCCCUGGUCUUCAAACUGAAGUGGUGUGACAAUGUUCAUAGGUAGUAACCGUUCUGUGAACUUCUGUACAAGAAUAUGUUGAUUGUGAUUUCACUUUCGUUUGGAAUAUUAUGUGUUAAUUUAUCAGCCGGAAUGAAACGGAUCAGGGGAGGGGGUUAGCAGUGUUGCUUCAAAGCGAAAAAGGGUUGCAUGUGUUGUAUUUAGAGAGAUUAUGAAGUGCCAUGCAUCACAAUCUAUAACUUAUAUAUUCAGUUUCCAUGUUCUGCUGUUGGGUACUGUAUAUAAAGUGCAAUAUCUGAAACAUGGAGUCACCAAACAUUUAUUGAAAUAUUCGCCAGUUAAAUGCUUGCGAGAGGUGGUCUUCCUAAAAGAGAAUAGAGUUUUGCUGUAGAUAAGGGUGUCUUAUGUAUUAAAAGUGUGUAUAAGAAGAUGUUGAUUUAGUGAAGCCACUACACGUGUUCAGACAUGAAGCGGGAUUUUAUUUUAAGUGGAUUUUUUUGUUUUGUUUCUUACAAUUUGUGAAUCUUAAUUACCAUAUGAAAAUAUUGAGAUUAAAUUAAGAUGACGCUUUACAAAUAAUCAAUUACAAAUAUGAUUGUCACAACCUUGGACAAUGACACGUCUUUCAAAUUUGAACGAACUGUUGUUUAAACGUUUGUGGUCAGUACUGUAUGUAAAAUAUUUUAAACGUAUUAAACGUAUAGUUCAAUCAAGAUCCAAAGAAAAAAAAUGCCGUUAAUUUACUCGCCUUUAGACCAUACAAUAUGUGACUUUUGUUUCUUUUUUUGUUUCAGUUCAACAAAAUUGGUGACUUUUAGAUUAAACUGUGAUGCUUUAAAAGUCAAAAAACAAACAAACAAACAAAACAUACUGGCAAAUAAUAAUAAUUUAAUAACUAUAGCUCCUGGCAACACUCAGGUCAGUCAUAUUGUAACAUAGGAUUCAGGGUACAAUGGCGUUAAGGGUCCAAACGCAGUUUAUUGAUAGCUUAGUCAGACAGGCAAUGGUCAAACAGGAACAAACAGUAACGUAAUCCAAAAGCGUAGUCAGCAAAGCAGGCGAACGGUCGGGAUAGGCCGCAAAACAACCUAAAACAAUAAACAAAGCAAAGCUCAAAAACAAGGCAACCGCUUAGAAAUGUUACAGGGGAAAGACUCUGUGUCUACUUGUUUAAAGGCGGAUCGCAGACUAAGGGGCCGAUCACACCAAACACAAAUUUACUCUGCAAAAAUGCGAGGCUCAUUGUCUUUUUUGUUGACAAGAAAAAAAAUAAGUACUGUGCGCUUUUUAUGUUGCUAGGCAACGAUUGAAUCAGCUGCGUAUUGUGCGAGAGUGUUGCUAUUGAUAUUUGCAAAAUUUUAAUAAUUAUUAAUAUUGUGAUAUUCAAGAUUUGUGAUUUGAACAGCACCGGAUAACUCAAAACAAACACUACAAGUCUCUCCUCCAUCUUCAAAAGUCUCCGUAGUCGUUUUGACAACAAACGCCUCUGCUUUCAUUAGAUUGGAGCAUGAAAAAGACACUUUUCCUGCUCAAAGUUGACUUUUUCAACUGCGAGCUCACAGUCCACAAUGGAAAAAAUGUGAGGCGUGCAUAAGCAGCACACAAACCGAUUGCGGCUGUUAGUAAAUUAUUUUAAAAAGGCGCCUCCCAAGGCAAAAAGCACGUUCCCUAAUAAGUGCAUUACUGCCUCCUAUCUCUCAAAUGGACAAUUGACACUAUACACGCUAAAUUCCUGAUUGACCUACCUACCCACACACAAUCACACUAGAUUAUACCGGUUACCCGUUCAUUGAGUUUUAUUCGGCAUUGCGUGUUCAGCUUCACCAUCCACCCUCAGUACUAUUGGUAGGAAGAAAAGAAAAGGGGUGGACUCAGCAAUGUGUCUGAGAAAGAGAGCAGUAUAUAAAGUGCAUGUAAUCAGUCUAUGAUGAACUUCCAGCUGUGUGUGUGCAAUUAGGGAGAGAACUGGAACUGGUGUGUGUGUGAGGUACACGAUGGGAUUUGUAGUUCAUAUCAGUAGCAGAUUUGUAGUUCUCCAGCAAUCUUCAACUGCUAGAUGGCUGUGAUCGUGACACAUACAAAGCAGAAAAAUCAAAUGGUCUAAACAAGAAACUGAACACUAUUUACAUCAUUAUUAGCAUUGUGUAACAUCAGGAGUCAUGGCUAUUAAUUUUGUGUUGCCUAAAUGUUUGUUUUUUUUACAUUUAAAGUGCUGUUAGCUUUUGAUUUGCAUUUUUCGAAUCACCAAAGACUAAUUUCAGCUAAAAAUCUUUAUAAAUAUUUUACUGAAAAAGAAAAAAAGUCACCUAAAUUUUGGAUGGCCUGAGGGUGAAUAAAUGUACAUUAUUUGGCAGCAUUAUUCUUCUAAAUUGAUCACUUUAGCCAAAAAUAAUAAUAUUAUAAUGACUCCUAAAAGUCUAAAAUGUGUUUUGAAAUAUGCGUUUUUAUUUAAUGUUUGACGUAAUCUCAUCCGCAACAUGAAGAGAGGGUGGGAUAUUGUGUAGUUCUUUCCCCCUUUAAAAAAAAAACACCCUAUAGUGUUUUGUUUUAUCACCGCUCUGCCAGUGAAUGUGGUUCAGCUCAAGCACAUCAAAUGAAAACCAAAUGAGAAGCAUCUUGAUGUCAGAUACUAGAGAGCAUUCGAUUGGUCAAGAUUUGAUGAGAUUCUAAAGUAUGAGGUGAUGUUAAUAAAACCGUUAAUCCAAUAAGGGCGAAAGUGACGAACUGCAAGCUUUACUUGUUUAGAUCAGGUUUAUAUCUUCUAAAGUUUGUCAGUGUUUUGGACACACCAGCUAGCUAAUAGAUAUCCUAAAAACGAUAAUACUGAUACUAACAUCUUAAAAACUUUAUUUUAAUUUGAUGGGAGCUUUAAGACUGGAUUAAUGAUGCUGAAACUAGAAAUAAUGUGAAAAAUAGAAACCCAUCCUUCUAAAUGUCAUACAUUUUGCAUAGUUCUUACUGCAUUUAAGUUGAAAUAAAAGACUUGAUGAGAGUAAGAAAUGUACUGACCUCAAUCUUUUGAAGAGCAGUGUACGUUCAAGUGUUUUGCAAAGUGAUGGGUUUGGGACACCUUUCAGAUAUCUGUCACUUGGCUGUUGUCUAAAAAAAAGAAAAGAAGAAAGAAGAAGGUGUUUUGGUGACCGUCAUCAGUGCUUUGUCUGAUCUGUGGUAGAUUUUGGUACUGUUUCUGUGUUCAGAGAUAUAGGGCAGCAUACACAAAUGAUAGUGAUUGUACUUCAGUUCAUAUAAAUGGAGUAUGUUUGUGAAAGUGAUCAGGGUCUUGUGUUUCCUGUAACUCUGCACUCCUGUUAAAAGAUAAACUAAAAUAAAAUAAAAAAUGCUUCAUGGACCAACGUUACGGGACAGUUUCAGAGUCAUUUACUGAGGUAUGUUUUGCUGGGUCAAAAUUUGCACCUCUGAAAAGCAUAGGUGAUAAACGAGUUGUCAAUUUAUUUCGUUUUUCUACUUUGAAGGACAAAAUGCAAAAUCUGCAUCAGUAAAAAAUGCCUUGACCUUGUCCGUAGCUCUUUUUAAACGCAUAUUAAAUACUGUAUCUGCAGGCAAUAUAUCCCGUCUUGUGAUUGAAAGAUGUACACAAAAAGAUUUGUUGUUGUCGUCAGUCAGAAUGUCUUCGGACUGCAGUUGUCAGACAUUAUGAAAAUAAAGACAUGUUUUUCAUGAA